UAAACUGAGUUAACGUUUCACCCAGUUUCGAGAUUAGGGCUUUCGUUGGCAAUAUAAACUGAGUUUCUUGUCAUUGUGUUUCUAUCUGAGUAAAGACAUUAAACUGAGUUUGAUUGUGCAAAAGAUGUCGGUCACAGCAGGAGUUAGAGAUGUUGCACUAGCGACUAGGGCAAAACUACAAGGUGGGAUUGGUCAGACUAGAGUGGGGAGAUAUUGGCCUGGAAAAGCUCCCGAGUGGGCCAAGGAAGAUCAUGAUGAUGAUGAUGAUGAUCAUGUUGGGAAGCACAAGAAGAAGAAGGUUGAUGUCUUGGAUGAUGAGUUGGAGAGGAAUAAGAAUGAUGAUCCAAGGCUACGCCGUUUAGGUCAAGUUAGAGCUGAUCAUCGGCGAGUUAGAGAGGCGGCUGAGGUUGUGUCUACAGAAGAAGAAGAGUUGAGGAAUCAAGAAAAGGAGGAAGAAGAUGUAGAUGCACUGGAAGAAAGAAGAAGCAGAAUUAGAGAAAAGAAUCUUAAAAGAACUCGAGAGGAGGCUGAUCUAAUGCCUCCUCUAGAAGAUGAAGAUGAAGAAGAGGUGCAAGAGGAAGAGGAGUCAGAGUACGAGACUGAUUCAGAAUACGAGAUGUUCGGUAUAUACAUGAUGAAACCUGUCUUUGUGCCUAAAGCUGUUAGGGAGACAAUAGCAGAACGUGAGAGGAUGGAGGCUGAAGAAGAAGCUCUUGAGGAACUAGCAAAGAAGAAACUUGAGAUGAGGAAGAUUGAGACCAAGGCAAUAGUGGUUGCGGAAGUCAGAAAAGAGGAAGAGAGACGCAAGAACGUGCAACUGGAAGAAGAAGCAGAUCUUGGAGAUGUUGAGACUGAUGAUGAGACCAAUGAAGCUGAAGAGUACGAAGCUUGGAAGACAAGGGAACUUGGUAAGAUCAAGAGAGAGAAAGAAGCAAGGGGAGCUAUGUUGAGAGAGAAGGAAGAGGUAGACAAGUUGAGGAACAUGACAGAAGAGGAGAGGAAAGAAUGUGGGAGGGAUAACAAUCCCAAGCCAUCAUCAUCAGAAAAACCGAAAAACAAGUGGAAGUUUAUGCAAAGAUACUACCACAAGGGUGCCUACUUCCAAGAGCAAGGAUCUGAUGAAACAGAUGAUAUAUAUCAGCGCGAUUACUCUGCUCCAACAGGAGUAGAUAAGCUGGACAAGUCAGUUCUGCGAGAAGUCAUGCAGGUGAAGAAAUUUGGUCGGAGUGGAGGAACUAAGUGGACUCACCUUGUCAAAGAGGAUACAACAUAUGGUGGCAAAAACAAAAAAGAUGAAACAAAAGAUUGGAGUGACCCUUGGGUUUCUAAUGUUUUUCUACGACAAAAGUACAAUAAGAGAAUGACAGCCAUGGAUGCUCCUAUUGCAAGACCAAAGGGUAGCAAGAGGAUGAAAGCUUGGUGA